UUUUAUAAAUUAAUUUAUUUUUAGUAAAAAGUUAAUUUAAUAUGUCCCGGAUGAGUUCUGAGUGCAUAAACAAACCCCACCAUAUAUACAUUGUCAAAUCUUAGAGAGAGAACGAAAGGGUUCUGGAGACAGAGAUAGCACGCUAAUGGCGCCAGAAAUUGUUCUUCAAUUGGCGCUCCUAACCCUAGCGUUAGCAAUGUUCUUCGCGAUCCACAGGCUCUCCAAAGGAGCCCUAACCAAGCUCAGAACCAAGCACCGAGCAACCCUCCUGUCCAACCGCCACUUCGUCCAAGGGUCCCAUCUUCUGGAUCGGGCGCGAUCCACACCCCACCGGAUCCAAUCCUUGACCCACGCCAAGUCAGCUCUGCUCGAAGCCGAGAAGGCCGUCUCGCUCUCCCCGAAGGACCCGGCGCCUCACAUCCUCAAAGCCAUGGCUCUGGACCUCCUCGGCCACAAGACCUCCGCGCUCAGAUCGCUGGACCUAGCCUUGUCCUCCCCGCGCGUGAGGUCAAUCGUCGGGAAGGAGCGCGGGGACGCGCUGGUGAAGAGGGCAGAGUUGAAGCUGGGGAUGAAUCGGAAGCGACGAGUCGACUCGGCGGUGGAGGACCUGGUGGAGGCGGUGAGGUUGAGCGGGAAUAGCAACAUGAGGGCGUAUUGUUUGCUAGGAGAAUGUUACGAGUGGAAAGGAAGAAAAGAGGAGGCCAGGGAGGCAUUCGAAAACGCCUUAAGGGUCCAGCCUGAUUCGGUCGCGGCUCGCCAUGCCUUGGAUCGUUUGAGCAUGGAGAAGUGGUGUUUGAUGUUUUUCGAUGACCCGCGACUAUCACGCGUCCCACCGUGGGGUCUCUAAGGUACUGAUCUUAUCGAAAGUUUCGUCAAAAGGAGUAGCACGUGAUCCACACGCGUGGGUCAAAGUUCGCACGUGGUCUUCACGCGCCACCACACAGUGGGCACUAUUGCUGCCACAUGCGGCAUUUCUGGGGUCAACGAUCUCAAUAGCUUCAGGAUCGACGAUCCAACACACUCCUAGUGUGGAACGUGUCCUUCAAGUGCCAUUAUAGCCUCCUUG